CUGGCAAUGUCAGGUAAUUACCUGCUAUGUUAUAAUAGUGCAAUUACCGAAAUGCACGUGGUAUGCGCGUGCUGUGCUGUAAGAACGAUCAGCUGUAUCUGAAAAAAGAAGUGGGUGUUUAAUUCCAUUGAUAAUUUCCAGGAGUUUCGCAAAUAAUUGACUUUGGACGGAAUACUACACCAAGUUUCGUGAGUAAAUUUGUACCACUCAGAAUUUUACACUGCAUUUCUUUUAAGGUACCAAUAAAAGGGACAUAUUAAAGGAAAGACUACAAAUAUAGGAACACAUGAGCUAUGAAGACUGGAAAGAGGAUUUUCAAGAAAAUCAAACAAGGGUGGGGAUCCGAUUCUGAGAACCAAUUGUACUCACCACUGGUCCAAGUUCAGCAGACAGCAACAGAAACUCCCAGAGGAAUAGAGAACGAAAAACUGAAUUCCAAUGGAAUCGAUGCUAGGAAAAACAAAGAAACACGAUCGACUUUGCCAGCCUGGCAGAUCAGGAAGAAAAAGGCCUCUAUGCCUAGGCCAAAGAGUACAGGAUAUCUGAAAGAUUUUAACAUUCUCUCUGCCGAGGAUGACGUUGGAGAUGAUGCCGACACAGCAUAUGAUGAUUAUGUCUUGUCCAGACAAGCGGCUGUAGGAAUGGAUCUGGCUAAAAGAAAUGGAUACACAAUGAAUGAUGGCAUAGGCGAAAACAAUAAAUCUGGUUAUAACGAUAGGAAAGAUAUUAAAGAUGGUACCAAAGUUUUUCAAGGAAUUGUUUAUGGUAAAACUAAAUGUCAUACGGUAGGGGAAGUUAAUCAAACAAAUGGUCGUCAUGGUGGUGCAGAAUUUUGUAAUGAUUUUGAGGAAAAGUUCAAAAGUGGUUUGUCAAAACCUCACCAGAGAAGAGACAAUGUUGUGCUGAUAAAGGAUGUUGGUGACAGAGCAGCCUACUGGCAGAAUCGUGAUGAUGAAAGCAAAAAACCAAAUAUACGCAGUACAUCCUCCGAUGUAGAAAGAAACUGGAAAACACCAAGACAGAUUCGACAAAUGAGAGAUCAGGUUGAUCCAAAUGAAAUGACACAAUACAUCUACGAUUCAGGAGUUGCCAAUCGGGCGGCCAUGUGGCAAAAACUGGAAGAUGACCACUUUGACAAGAUGGUAAUAAACCCAGACAAAGAAUGGAAAGGACCUAAAGUAAGAGUUGUCUUACCUACGGAUCACCCGGAAUACGGACGACCUCCAAAAGGUUCUAAGACGGAAAAGCGCGGCAUAAAAGCACAUAAACAUGUUGUCAAAGAAAUCGGAGAACUUUGUUUAAUGAUUGCCGAAAAUGGUGAACUACAGGAUGACGGAACGGUGACUAUCACUUUCAGGAAACUUUUCCAAACGUAUGUUGCUAUAUCAAACAAAGUUGUAGGUAUACUUAUCAGAGCAAGAAAACGUGGUUUGUUACACUUCAAUGGUGAGAUGUUAUAUCAGAGACAGGAUGAAGAAGAAGUUAUAAGAUUAUUUAAUGUUCCAGAUCUAUUAGAAUAGAAACUAUAAUCUCGUUUAUUUGUUUCGUUGCAAUUUGAAAAUUCAUAUUUUUUAUACGAUUUACAUAUUUUUUAAAGUUUCAUUUUAUAUUGUCAUAUAUAAAAAUUUGUAUUUUGGAAAGUUUUUGAGUCGUUAUAUGUACAUAUUUUUUUUAUUAACAGCUUCAUAAUAGCAAUUACAACAUUUCAUUUUGCAUUAAUAGGGUCAGUGGAGGCAAAUUAUAUUUUUAUUAUUGAUAUUUUUUAAAUAAGAAUCCUUUUUUUGUUCCACACCACAUUCAUAUAUAGUAAUCGUUGCACAUGUGAAGUAUAAGAUAGCAAUGUGUUUACUUAUACCGUUAUGCCGUAACAAAGAGUUAAAUUUUGAAAUCAAAAUUAUGAUCGUGGGACGGUAUUCAGAAAAUAAAGUCUGGUCUUUUUUUUUUUACAUAUAUUGUAGUUUUCAUAGUCGGUCGCGAUUGUAUUCUUCAUGUAAAUUGCAAUAGCAUCAACCUUAUCAAAACAUGCACCAAACUUGUACAUUGCGGUUAUAUUGAAAAACGAAUAAAGCAUCUUGAAACCCUUUGCAAGAUCUUAUAUGGGUAAAAUAGCAACGUCUAUUCCAAACAUGUAAUUGAGUAAAUAUAUGUUUUUUAACCAAGGACGAAAAUUUUCGGUUGCAAGGCGAACUUUAUCGCCAUUAAAAUGCAAAAUGAAAAAAAUACUGUAUACGUAUAACAGGAUUGAACAUUUAUAUGAGGAUAGAAAUAUUCAAGCACAAAGUUCUGCUGAUGCCAUAUUGAACUGACCAGUUAAAUGUACGGGGUUCGUCAUCGAAUCGUUUUUCUGUAUUUAAUAUUUUAUAGUUAUUGAUGAAUACAAUAUGCAUGUACUGCUUUACAGAAAAUUAUCAAUACCUACAGUCCUACAUCAUGUCCAUACUUAUAUUUCGGCAAGACAAAAAUAAGUUUGUUUUUAUACUUUUUAUGACAUAGUUACACUAAAUCCAUUGGAUGUAUACUUGUUGAUAGUUUGUCAUGCCGGAAUUUCUAUUUUUUUUCAUUAUUUGAUUUUGGCAUUAAACUAGCUGUCAGUUACUGCGGUAUGGGGUUUUGUUUCGUUGUUGAAUAUUGUAUACCCACCUAUAUAGUUUAUAACAUCUACAUUUGGCCUCUGUCGGAUAGUUCGUCUAAUUGGCAGUUAUGUCACAUUAUGUAUCUCAUGAGUAAAAUGUCUGAUUUAACAUAUGUUAAAGACAAGUGUUAUCAUUUAUCUCAUGUGUAUAACGCCUGAUUUUGUAUGUAUGUUUUCUAAGCCUUGUAGUACACAUGUUUUAUGCGGAAUGUUUUGCAGCUGUUAAAUGAUCCCUGGCCCUGUGUAUUGGAACAAAUCCAAAAAUGUAUAUUCAGAAAUCAUUAAAGCAAAACAAACAUUAAUAUCAUGAAAAAGAUACGUCAAGAAUACAUUUUUUAUUUGCUUUGUUUAUAGUACUGAAAAAAGGUAUUUUUGCGAUUUUGUUGACAUUGCAUUUCCUAGAAAUAGAUUUCGUGUGGUGAUAAAGGAGCUGUUUUAUAUUUUAAAUUGACCUUUUUACCUUUUUUUAGCUAAAUUCUAUGGUAGUUCUUUAAGUUGAGAGCGAUUGUCGUGUCUUACAUUGUACUGAUUAUUUCAAUGGUUAGUAAAUAGUUUGUAUCAACAUUGCAGUUCUCCUUCGAUCUGUUGUUUCCUUUUCUUGAAGAUUAUUUACUAAACUAUCACCAGACAUUUCAGAUUGAAUUUUGGUUGACCUAUUAUUGACCUAAUUUUCUAUUAACUUCAAAGUCCUCAGUCACAUUUGUAAAGUUUCAAGCCAGUUGCAGGUGAGUAGGAGAACUUCUGUCCAGUUUGUUUUUAGAUGUUAUGAACAAAUGUGUUGACUUUUGAAUGGAAUGUCAAAGAAGUUUUUAAUGCUUUUUGGGACUAAAUUUAUUGCAAAUAAAAUAAUCCAUGUUAUUUGAAGAAAUAU